GAGAGAGAGAGAGAGAGAGAGAGAGAGAGAGAGAGAGAGAGAGCUAACGCUAGAGAGCAGCCGCACUGCUAGCACUGCAGCCUAAUGUGCUUUUAUCGGCUUUCAAAGACAAACGUCACUUAUUAUUACAACUGAGGGAAAUAUUAUGCGUUCGAUGCACAUAUUUAAGCAUUCGUAGCGCUAUAUGCCCAGUUGGGGAAGUUUGCAUUAGUGCAGGACGGUGUUAUUUGUUUCAGAUCAGAGCAGUUGAGCUGAGUUAGCUUAGCUAUAGCGAGCAGCCAGCGAACCCAAGUUCUUCAAGCUCUUUUGCGAUUCGCUGUCAAGAUGCCUGCGAUGUUAGAGAAGGGCACCACUGAGAUAUCGGGUAAAAGAAGGGGCAGAAACUCUGUAAAUAAUCCGGCCAAAAGUUUUACUUCAAAUGGGAACAGUAACCAUUCAUGGGAGGAAGGAAGUUCGGGUUCCUCAAGUGAUGACGAGCAUGGUGCGGGCGGGAUGCGAGUUGGACUGCAGUAUCAGGCAGUUGUUCCCGACUAUGAUCCUGAAGUAGCAAAGGCAAGCCAAGAGAGAGAAAAUCUGGGAAUGCUAGUGUGGUUUCCAAAUCCGAGCAUACCAGAGGCCAAAUUGGAUGAGUAUAUUGCAAUAGCCAAAGAAAAACAUGGGUACAAUAUGGAGCAGGCAUUGGGCAUGCUGUUUUGGCACAAACACAACAUUGAAAAAUCUUUGGCAGAUCUUCCCAACUUCACCCCUUUUCCAGAUGAGUGGACAGUUGAAGACAAGGUGCUGUUUGAACAGGGUUUCAGCUUUCACGGAAAAACAUUUCACCGCAUCCAGCAGAUGCUUCCAGACAAGUCAAUUGCAAGCCUGGUUAGAUUCUAUUACUCAUGGAAGAAAACGCGCAGCAAAACGAGUGUGAUGGACCGCCAUGCACGCAAACAGAAGAGAGAUCGAGAGGAGAGUGAUGAUGAAGGAGAAGAAAACGGUCGCAAAUCUCCAGGGGAUGCUGAAAUUGAGCCAAAUAAGGAUGAAAAGAAAGAGGGAACUGCUGGACUUGAGAAACAAGAAUCAAAACCUGCAGUUGUGCAAAAGCCAGUGAAUAUCGCAGAGAAGUCUCUGCAUGUUAAGAAGGAGGUACAGGGACUUGCUGGGAGGAACCUACAUAGAGCGAAGAAGAAACCUCCUAAAGGAAUGCAUUUAAUCUCCGAUGAUGUGACGGCGAUGUCCAGCAGCGGCCCGGCCGCAGUUAGUGUUCUGAGACAGCUGGAUAUGGAGCUCAUCACCAUAAAACGACAGAUUCAGAGCAUCAAACAGCACAAUAGUGCCCUCAGAGAUAAACUAGACACAGGUUUGGAUGAGUACAGGCCAUCUGAGGCUAAUCAAAAAUUUAAUACCCGCUGGACCACAGAAGAGCAGCUGCUUGCAGUACAAGCUAUAAGGAAGUACGGACGGGAUUUCCAAGCCAUUUCUGAUGUGAUCAGCAACAAGUCUGUGGUUCAAGUGAAAAACUUCUUUGUGAAUUACCGGCGUCGUUUCAACCUGGACGAGGUCCUGCAGGAGUGGGAAGCUGAGCACGGCGUCGAGGGACGUAAGGGUAUAGAUGAAGAGAAGAUGGAGGUGUCAUCUGAAGAGGGGACCACCCCGGGGCCUUCAGAAAACCAGACAGAGGAACAAACAGCAUUGGAAACACAGAACCCCUCAGUUUCCUGAGUUCUUCAACAGCGGUCAGACGAGCUCAGAUCAGUUGAUGUCGCAGCUGUGCGUUAGAGGCAUUAAGGCUUCAACAGCCUCAAAUGAAGCCUCUACGUUAUAGACAUUCCUCCUCUCUACCCUAUUGAACCCGGGACUCCAUAACAGGUGCUACCGCAUGGGAGCACAAUCUUCACCAAGCUAGGAACUAGGACCAUCGUUAUAGUCACUGCCAACAGAAGUAUAGUUUCUGUCUGGUGUUCCAGCAGUUCUCUGCAAAUGGUAAUUGGUCUGUUAUGGGGGAAUAAAACACCCAUAUACCCAUCCCAAUGUCACUGAACAAUGAAUUGUGGUCUUGAAAGAUCUCUUGUCUGAAGGAGUUUAAUGUCACUUGACCAUCUCUUUUUCUUUAAAAAUUCAUAGGACUUUAAUCUGGUCCAAAUCCAACAUCCCUUUCCAGUUACUUUUUUAUUAUUGUAGCAUAUUAUCUAGUUAAAUGAUUUGUUAUUUUGAACGUUUAUUUUUUAAUUUCAUUUUUUAUUUGAUGUCUGGUUGGAAUUUUAAGCUAUUUAUUUGCAUAAAAUUGAAUUAUUAGAACUGCACUGUAUAUAUAAAAUGAAAUGCCAGUGUGGUUGAAAUUUAAAAAAAAAUGUAAUACCAUUUUUAUUAUUCUUUUAAAAAAGAAUGAGAAUUAAAAUUGUUCAAGUGAAUUGAAUUGGUUUAGUAUUAGGUCAUUAUAUAUUAUAUAUAUAUAAUGUGUGUUUAAUCAUGGACGCUUGUACAUGGUGUAUUCGAAAUGCAUUUUUAUCUCUUGGCCAAGGCUGAUGACUGUAAGAACAGACAGCAAAGUGUUGUAAUGGAAUGGGGAGGGUUUUUUUUGUGAGUUUUUUGUUUUUUGCUUAGAUUUUUAAAAUCUUAUUACAAACUGUGUUUUGACAAUUCUUCAUGCAAAGGUCAAGCUUUUCACCCUCUAAUGGGUGUUUAAACAUAUGAAUUGCCAUGUGUAGUUAAGAAUUUUAAAAUAAGGCAGCACAUCUAAAUUUCUACUAUUCCAUGCUUGAUGUUUUUCAAUAUGCCCUUAAUUUUGUUAAAAUCAACGGUAGAUGAGUUCAUAAUAUUGUUUCUUUUUGUAUGUUUAAUUGGAAAUGGAAUAAGUUAUUAUUUAAAAUACAUGCGCACUCACUUAUUUCGACCAACUUUUCCCUUCUAAUAACUGUAAUGGUACCAUACAUGUGUGAACUCCUUUAAAAGUUUUGUGUGCAGAUAACAUGUACAUGGUUGGGGUGAAAUUAUGUGUGUCUGUGUGUGGGUGGAAGCUAAUGUGGUCAUAAACUGGCCCAUAUAUAUUAAACCUAAUGGAUUUAUACAGUCAAA